CCUAAAAUAAUCAGAGGACUCCAAGGAGUCUGUGUUAAAAGAGCUGGGAGUUCAGUAGCAGCUUUUAGUGAGCACUAUGAACAUAGGAAUAUUCAUACAGCAUACACAUAUCUCUAACAGCAGCAGCCUCCCCGUGCCAAGGGCUCAGCUGGAAUGAAGACUGCUCUUCAGUGCUGGGGUGUCCUCUCCGCUGCUCUCUUGUGCGACUGAGCUGAUAAUGCGCUAUCAGAGCUAGCAGGACACUAUAUAAAGGGGGUCCCUUCUCCACCCUCACUUGUCUGCUACUGUGUGCUCUUUUUGGAUCAUCUCAUUGUUUUCACCACUGCAGCUUCUUUUUGGUUUGCUGUCAGCAGAAGGAGUUCCCUGAGUUUUUCCCCAAAAGGACCCUAUACUCCACCCGUAGGACUGCACCGUAAAGAGGAAUUAAUGGUCUAGAAAACCCAGCUGAGCAGAAGGUAUUCAGAAUUUUAAGGUUUCUGCUUUGUACUCCAAACCCCGUUGUGAAGAAUGCAUGGCCCAGCAGAUCCCUCAAGCCUGCUCUUCAAUUGCUCAAACCAAUCAAUUUUCUUUUUGAAAGCUUCAGAGCAAUGUGGCAAAGAAACACAUCUGGAGAACAUCCUUUUUGCCACUUUCUAUUUCCUGGACUUUGUCCUGGCUUUUGUCGGCAAUGCCCUAGCUCUUUGGCUUUUCAUCCGGGACCAAAAGUCAGGCACACCUGCCAACAUUUUCCUGAUGCAUCUGGCUGUGGCUGACCUGUCCUUUGUGCUGGUACUUCCCACCCGGCUGGUGUACCAUUUUUCUGGUAAUCAUUGGCCAUUUGGUGAGAUCCCAUGCAGACUCACAGGCUUCCUUUUUUACCUCAACAUGUACGCCAGUAUCUACUUCCUUAUGUGUAUCAGUGUUGAUCGUUUCCUAGCCAUUGUGCACCCUGUGAAGUCUAUCAAGCUCCGCAGGUCCCUUUAUGCCCAUUUGGCAUGUGCCUUUCUAUGGGUUAUAGUUGCUGUUGCAAUGGCACCCCUGCUGAUCAGCGUGCAGACAGCAGAGGUGAACAACGCAACAGUCUGCCUGCAGCUCUACAGAGAAAAGGCAUCACGUCAUGCUCUUGUGUCCUUAGCAGUGGCAUUCACCUUCCCGUUUGUUACUACAGUGACUUGCUACUUACUAAUCAUCCGAAGCUUGAAGAGUGGGAACAGAGUUGAGAAACAUCUAAAGGAAAAAGCUAUCAGAAUGAUCAUCAUGGUGCUAGUAAUCUUUCUGAUUUGCUUCGUACCUUAUCAUGUCAAUCGCUACAUUUACAUUCUUCAUUAUGAUGGGACCAAAACUUCCUGCGAAACACAGCACACUCUAGCGCUCGGUAACCGCAUUACUUCCUGCCUCACAAGUCUAAACGGUGCCCUUGACCCAGUGAUGUAUUUUUUCGUAGCAGAGAAAUUCCGUGAGGCUUUGUGCAAUCUGUUUUGUGGUAAAAGGACUCUAAUGUUGCCUCAAACUUAUGAGGGUAAGACAAACGAAAGCUCACUAAGUGCCAAAUCUGAACUGUGAACAUGAUUCUUGCCACUGCUUCCACAUAAGAACAGCGUUCCACCAAAACCAGCCAAGAGAGCAGGCGGGCAGCUACACAGACAAGAAAUAGCCCACCUAGACUCAAACUCAUUCCUGAAGAGGGAAGUUCUGCCAUUUGGGAAGGGACUACAACUAGGAAGAACGCUUCUGACAACUGAGAUCACACGUUCUUGCCCUACUGAAACUGCAAACAGAAGUACAAUAACAGACCAAUUGAUUUCAAAGACGUGAAACUGAUGGCUGAAUACUGACGAGCUGGGAAGGGAACAAAGCGGCACUUAAACCGACAGCUUGUUCUUAAAAAAUAAAAUUCACCCCCUAAAUACUCAGCAAUGACUCUCCCUCUGCACAAAGCAUACAGCCUACUUUAAAAUUUUGUUUCAGGCCAGCAGUAGAGAUCCAUUCCCUGAAGGAGCCCUGCCUGAGGAGACAGAAUAGUAGCACGUCUAGUUCAAUUCAGCAAAUUCAAAGUGUUUAGACAGAGCAGACAGAUAAUUGGUGCUAAAUUGUGGCAAAGGGGGGGGGGGAAAAGCAAAACGCUGCAAUGCACCCAUCUAGAAUUAAGGUAGGAGUCACAAUUUUUAGACUGCUUGCCAGCAUUUAUUGCUGGAGAUGAGCAAUAAACAUCACACUACCUUUUCCAUCCGUCCUUUGCCCUGGCCUGAAGGCUUUAGGCGGACAAAGGCUGAGCAACCUUUACUGCAGUGCCUCUUUUAUGUAGUUCCCUGCAAAAUACUGGAUAUCCUGAUAACCUUCCAACUAAAGCAAGAACGGAAAAGUGCUGUUUAGCAAUAUAGCAUUCAUCUUUACUAUAUAAAAUUCUGAAUCACUGUUUUAAAAAAUUGCAAAGGUGAAAAGUGAGCAUCUGAAGAAGUAAAGUCCAGUUUGCCCAGAAGAGACUCUUAUUUUUGAGGUGUUUUAUAACUGUGUAAAUUCUGUGACUUACUUAGCAAGAGUAUGAAUUUGCUGCAGAUAAAGUAGGUUAGAGAUUAUCUUAACUACCCUCACUGAUACAAAUUGCCUCAUGAUACCUCAUGAUCACGAGGUACUAAGAGUAAUGGGAAAAUAUCCCAAGAGUUUCCAAUAAUAUUUUCUAGAAUAAUACUUCUAUGCUAUGGAGACAGAUGUUACUGGAAAUCACAAUAGGUGGGUUAUAUUUUCUAUGUAUAGAUUCACACAUACGUACGCACCAAUCCCUUUUCUAUGCUAUAGGAAUGAGAUCCUUACCUUUCAGGUCUGGUACGUACAUUACAAAAUCAAAUCAAAUACUUCAUCAUGCUUGCACUGCUGCAAACCAAGCCGCCUUCCCCAGAACACCCAGGAACUACCCUGGGUGCUAUGAAAAUAGCCCAGUCUAAAAAGUUUAGGUGUCAAAAGAAAAUCUAUUAGGCCCAUCUCUAAAAUCUAAGGCUUGGAAGUUGCACACAGGACUCAACAGAAAAGGGAGUUAGAGAGGGCAACCUGCUGGACAGGGUACCAAUAUAUAACCUUUCCUUUCCCUUCCUGUCCUUUUUCACCAUUCAGUGAAAAUACAGACUCCAGGAUACUACCAGGCUUUGUGCAAGAUAUACAAAAGCCUGAAGUUAACUGUGAAUCGUGCAACACUGAAUGUUAACUUCUGGAUUGUUUUAUUUUCUUGUCAUGAUAUGCUUUUGUACAAGUAUCCUUUUAGGUUUUUAAUUACUUACUUCUCAAUUAAACGCAUUAAUCAAACUUUAGGGCCUGUUUUUAUAUUUCUAUAUAUAAAAUGAAUGGUUUACAAACACCACAGGAAUCUUAUACUGAACAUGUUUUACUGUAAUCCUAGCGUUAUCCUCUCAGUCUCUUGCUAUGCCUUGAUUUCCUGCUCAGCAGCUUACUUGAUAAGCACCCGGCCCAGGACCACAUAAUCUCUCUGUUUCUCACCUGCUAUCCAGCAUUUUGCUUAAAAUCGCUUUCUACUCCAGAACCCAUCCACAAUCUACUAAUAUUUGAGUUUCUGCUUUCUUCCUAGCUUACUGGGUGAAGAACACUGUUCUCGUUUUUUCAUUUGCUAAUUGUCUGUUCCUUAAAGCUUCUUCUGCACCUUUACAAGCUUCACCUCCAUGUUUACAAGCAACUAACCACUCUCAACUUCGCACUACUGUAUCAACAACAACAUACUGACAAAAGCUUUAGUGCUCCCGCUC